CACGUGAUUGAUUGGAGACCAAAACAAUGAAGGCGAUCAUUCAAAGAGUAACAAGAGCGAGCGUAACAGUUGGAGAGGAGCAGAUCAGCUCCAUCGGCAGAGGACUCUGUGUUUUACUCGGCAUCUCAGUGGAGGACACUCAGAAGGAUGUGGACUACAUGGUUCGCAAGAUUCUGAACUUGCGUGUUUUUGAGGAUGAGAACGGCCGUGCCUGGAGCCGCAGUGUGAUGGACGGGGAGCUGGAGGUGCUGUGUGUGAGUCAGUUCACUCUGCAGUGUCUCCUCAAGGGAAACAAACCUGACUAUCACGCUGCCAUGCCUGCUGAACUGGCACAACCCUUCUACAACAACAUGCUGGAGCAGCUUAGAGAAACCUACAAACCAGAACUCAUUAAAGACGGGCAGUUUGGAGCAAAAAUGCAGGUGCUGAUUCAAAACGACGGACCUGUGACCAUUCAGCUGGAGUCUCCUCCUGCCCCUACAGACCCCAAACUGCUGUCCAAACAAGAGAAGCAACAGCAGAGGAAAGAGAAAACACGGUCAAAAGGGCCGUCCGACUCAAGCAGAGAGAAGGCAGCGCAACGGUCAAAAGUAGAUCCCAGCGCCAGCAGCGGAGCCGAGGGAGACGUGUCUUCUGAACGAGAACCAUAGACAAACUCACGGAUGGGUUCAGCUUUUAGAGGACUGCUGGUUUCUUUCUGUCCCCCUCAAAUGUCCAUAUUAAUGCCCAUUCUUAUCUUCUUCUGAAGCUUGGAUUGUAUAUAAACUCAAGAACAAGUGGCAGCUCCACAAACACCCGUGGACAAAAGACUCAGGCACAUCUGAAUGUUUACAAUGACAUCUUAUUUAUUAAAUGUAUACAUCUCUGUGAUGUGUUUUAAUAAAAAUUAAGAAAAAAAAAACAAUUGGAAAA